CUAUAAUGACCUGAACACCGUAAAUAAUCACCAUGUUGGGUUCAGAUCUGGAACGCAGUUCUACAAAUUCUAAUCAAGGGGAGAGAACUCCAUUACUGACAAGUACUGCAGACAAUUACAGUGGGAAAGCAGACGAACAAAAUGUGGCUCCUGAUGAAUCAACAAAAGCGAGUUUCUCCUUUAGGCGGUUGCCGAGGAAAGAAAUCUUCAUGUUUUUGUCUAUAGGUUUUGUGAACUUCUGUGCGUGUAUUUGCUUCUCAUUGCUGGCUCCUUUUUUCCCACAUGAGGCUGAGAAAAAGGGGGUUUCCAAGACUGUUAUUGGACUUAUAUUCAGCAUAUUUGAGUUUGUGAUCUUUCUGUCUUCACCAGUGUUCGGAACUUUUCUUGUUGCGAUAGGUCCAAAGUUUACGUUCAUCACAGGAGUGUGUGUCUGUGGAGUUUGUGCAAUACUUUUCGGGUUGUUGGACCAGUGUCCACCCGGGAAUAUUUUCAUCGUCAUGUGUUUCUUGUGUAGGAGUGUCGAGGCUCUCGGAUGCUCAGCUUUUAUAACAUCAAGUUUCGCUCUCAUCGCAAACUCAUUCCCAGAUCACGUUUCGACCGUUUUUGGAACACUAGAGACGUUCAGUGGCUUGGGUCUUAUGAUUGGUCCCCCUAUAGGUGGCGCACUCUAUGAGCUGGGAGGGUAUGGCUUACCGUUCUGGGUGCUCGGGACUGUGUUGUUGUUCUGUGCAGCUAUUUCUUACUACCUCAUGCCACAACAAGCUGAAGCGGUGAAAACGUACGAAGGAUCCAUUCUAACUCUACUAAAAAGUCCCUUGAUUUUCGUGACUGGUUUCUGCAUAUUUGCUGGAUCAUUCUCCCUCGGAUUUAUGGAUCCAACUCUCGCAGAUCAUCUGUCACCUUUCAAAUUGUCCACAUUUCUCGUGGGUUUGGUCUUUCUGUGUGGGGCAGGAAUGUACGGCUUCACAGCACCACUCUGGGGCUGGCUUAGUGACACAAAAGGCUUCGUAAAAUCUCUUGUGAUUGUUGGCAACAUUAUCUCAUGUGUUGCAUAUAUCUUGAUGGGACCAUCCCCACUUUUUCCAUUUUUUCCUUAUGAACUGUGGUUGAUUAUCGUCAGCCUCCUGUUGGUGGGGAUCUUUCUCGGUUGUGCGAUACUGCCGACCAUCAAAUGUCUCAUACAGGGUGCCAAGGAAAUCGGAUUUGAAGAGAAUCUGAACACGUAUGGACUUGUCUCUGGGUGUUUUAAUUCAUUUUUCAGUCUAGGAACAUUCAUUGGUCCAACUGUUGGCGGGUUGAUGUCUCAGCACUAUGGAUUUGAUUGGGCAGCCACUCUAGCAGCGGGGUUGUUACUAAUGGCUGGUGUUUUGAUGUUCUCAUACACAUCUGUCAAGUUGUGCUGUGCGUCUGGUCAGACUUGCAGCUCCUGUUGCUAUGGCGACCAAUAUCAGUCUACAUACAUGACCAUUGAUGGAAAGAAUGCAAAGAAUGACCCAGGAACGAUGGUCAGUCAGUCACAAAGUGUGAAUGAAGAGGAGUGCUGACUGAACCAGCGCUAAAUCAAGAUGCUGUCUUAACUCUCAGUGUCGGGUGUCGUAAAAACUGAUCAUGGGGGGUGCUCAGGGGCCUGGCCCCCCCCCCCCCCCCCCCCACUAAAUUUGCGACAGUUAUAUAUUUUAUUAUAUAUUAUCAUUUUUUACUAUCCCCCUCCAAACCUACCCCAAAGUUCCCUUGGCAUUUCGCCUCAUGUCAUUGAGCCCCCCUAAAUGGAUUUUCUGGAUCCGCCACUGGCGAAUGUCGAGCUAUAUAGACUGAGUUAUACAUGAAUCACGUGCAUGGACUGAAUUUUACAAAUACACACAGUGAAUUACAUGUAUGUCUGGUCUGUUGACUAAAUAUUCAAGUUUAUAAAUUGAUUUAUAUAGAGGAUAAUAAACGAGUUACCAGUUGAUUAUCAAAUUUAUGUCCAGAGUGAAAAUUAUUUCACAAGGGACAUAAAUUUUAUAAUAACUGGUACCAAGUUUGUUAUUCUAUUUAU